AACCAAAGAUAAGUGAAAUAAUUGUAUUACAUGACACUAAAGUACUCAAUCAGUUCAGUAAACUCGGUAACAGUCCAUUUUCUGAAGACUAAAUUCUGUAUAGACAUUACUCUGUGUAGAUACAAGCCUAGUUUGAGAUAAUUACUUUUAACUAUUAAAGUGAAAUUUAAUUUUAUUUUUUAAACAAGGUUUAAUAGCAUAAAAUACCACACACAUGAAAAAGCACAUUUAGAAUGAUGUGAGAUCAGUUUUGGCCUAUUAUUUCAAAGAUUCCUUUCUAUUCAGAAAUUUUAUAAUUGUUGAUAAAAAUUUCUAAUUGUUAUUAUAACAAUAUAAUUUUAAAAAGUUGUUCUUUAAUUAGGCUUAAUUUUAGUGUAAUACAAAGAAAGCUCUCUUAGUUGCUUGUUCAUUUUAGCUUUUCCCAGUGCAGUUUCAAAUGUUUAAAAAGAAAUGCUAAUAUACUACAUUGUUCAGAGUGCAGUCAUACUUCAUAAGUUGAACUAUAAAAUAGUAUUUGAAUUCCAUGUUUGAUUUUAUGCUAUUUCAUAAACUGGUUUGUUAUUUAUGGAUAAUCUGAUUAAUACAUACAAAUCCAUUAAAGAAUUUUUUCAUUAAAGGCUGACAGAUUAAAUAUGCUGCCUAACUGAGAUGACUUUCCCUCCAUGAGGAUACAAUUCUAAAUAGCAUGCCAUGAGAAUAAUUAAUUUGAAAUUUGAACUUGAUACCUAAAAUGACAUUAAACAUCCAAAUGCAUAUUAACCCUCUCAGUCAUAUUCCCAUCUCAGUGAGAAUUUGAAAGGGAUGAACUCAUUCAGGAUUAUACUAAAGCACAAAAACAACUUAGAGAGACAUUGACACAUGAGAAAGCAACCUUUCUUGCUCUGACAAGAGAACAAAAGAUAUUAGAGAAAAAAUUUAAUCAACUUAAUGGAUGAGAAACAACAGCUGCAAAAACACCUAGAAAAGCUAAAGAAUAUGUCUGAAAGUCAACAAAAAUUGUCCAACCAAAUAUUUGAGUUCAAGAAUGACCAUCAAAAGAAUUUGAAGGUAUCUCAAGUAGAUGAUGCAGGGAAGCUAGAGAGGGAGAAACUUGAAGAAUGGGAGAUUAAGUGUGAGUAUGAAAAUGAAGACAUGGCUUCUCAAUUUUUGAUAGUGGAGGACUUCAAAAAAACUUGUAAGGAAGCAGUCAGAAAGAAAGUUGAGCUAAGUUUAGAAAUCUCUAGACUUCUGAAUAAGAUGAAGGAAUUACAGUAUGGAAUGCUUAGCAAGCCUCAGAGUGGCUGCCAAGUAGAAGCAAAUGAAAAUGCCAACAUGGCUAGUGACAUGUCACUGCUUCAGCAAAGUACACAACUUUUGGAAGAAAAUGGUGAUAUUGUUAUAAAUCUGCAAUGGGCUCAUGAGAGGGCAGUAAAAGAUAAUGUCAAAAUGGCUGCUGAAAUCAUUAGGUUAUAUUAGAGACUACAAGAAUUAGAUCCAAAGUCAGUGACAGUUUCUUUAGAGGAAUCAAAUGAAUUAUUCAGAUCUUCAGUGGAACAAAUAGAGACACUGUCAUCACAAAAGAGAAUAAUACAAGGAGAAGACAUUAUUACCAUAUUCUGUAUAAAUCACAAGAUGAUAAUGUUCAAAAAAUGGGAAGGAUAGAAAUAAAUUCUUUUCAGAUGCAGGAAAUCUAUAGGAUCAUUAGAAAGUUUUUCUGAGUUUGAGAAUUAUGAAGUAACAAA